AUGGCAGAACUACUCAAGAAUCCACAUACUUUCGAGAAAGCACAAGAACAACUAGCACAAGUAAUUGGCAGAGGCAAACUAAUAGAUGAAGCUGAUGUUGCAAAAUUACCUUACUUGAGGUGCAUCAUAAAAGAAACCUUUCGAAUGCACCCACAAGUUCCUUUCCUAAUUCCGCGCAAAGUUGAGGAAGAUGUUGAUCUUUAUGGCUAUACUAUUCCGAAAGACUCACAAGUUCUUGUGAAUGUAUGGGCAAUAGGGCGCGACUCUAGUCUAAGGGAAGACCCUUUGGACUUUAUGCCGGAGAGGUUUUGGGAGUCAGAUAUAGACGUUAGAGGUACGGAUUUUGAGCUAAUUCCAUUAGGUGCUGGUAGAAAAAUUUGCCUUGGAUUGCCUUUGGCUAUCAGGAUGAUUCCAAUCGCGCUAGGUUCAUUGAUAAAUACCUUUAAUUGGAAGCUAGAUGGUGGAAUUGCACCUAAAGAUUUGGACAUGGAGGAAAAAUUUGGUAUUACCCUGGCAAAAGCUCAACCUCUGCUUGCUAUCCCUAUUCCACUGUAG